AUGUCGCUGCUUUCCACGAUGCCUUCAGAUCGUCGAUCAUCCUCCGCAGGCUCCGGCCACAGCUCACGUUCCCGAGCAGAACGUGCAAGUGGCAGCAUGGGCCUCGAUGGUGGAGAGGCAGGCAGACGUAUCGCCGCAGAAGACGAGUACAUUCGUCGCGAACUCACAGAGUCAACCACCUUCUGCAAUGCCUUUUGGGGUCAGAACGAUGCCGGCUUCGAAGCCAUCUCGGCCCGCAUGAAGGCUUCUCAGCGCACGCUCGACGAACUCAAGUCGCUCUACAAGGAACGCGCCGACAUUGAGGCAGAGUACGCAAAACGACUCGCCAAGCUUUCCCGUCAGGCGCUCGGCUACAGCGAGACAGGCGCGCUCAAGGCUGCUUUCGAUGUCGUCAAGGUCGAGCUCGAGACCACUUCGCGUACCCACGCAGAUCUCGCCAACAUGAUCAAAAAGGAUCUCGAAGGCGCCGUCACCGACUUUGCCAACAAGAGCUGGAACGCUCGCAAGGCAGCACAGGCCAACAUCGAGAAGCUUCACAAGCACAAGCAAACUCAGGAGAACUACGUCAACAAAUCACGCGAAAAGUACGAACAGGACUGCAUCAAGAUCAACGGAUACACCGCUCAGAGCAGCCUCGUUCAGGGUAAGGAUCUCGACAAGGUCGCCUACAAGCUCGAUAGAGCGCAAGCUACCGUCAGCCAGAACGACAGAGACUAUCAGAACUUUGUGCGUGCGCUCAAGGACACCACCGUCAAGUGGAAUGCAGAGUGGAAGGCCUAUCUCGACCAGUGCCAGGAUCAGGAGGAGGAGCGCAUCGAUUUCUCAAAGAGCAACCUCUGGAACUUCGCCAAUGCCGUUUCGGCCGUCUGCGUCGCCGACGACGAGUCGUGCGAGCGCAUCCGCGUCAGCCUCGAAAACGUCGAUACCCCGCGCGACGUGCAGUUCUUCAUCCAGUAUUGCGGUACCGGCUCGCUCAUCCCUGCUCCUCCCGAGUACAUCAACUACGCCAAAGGACAGGCUCCUCCAGCCCGUCCGAACUACCAUACGGCCAGGUUCCAGCGCAACACCACACGCCCUACGCAACUCCCAAUUCCGCAGCAACCGACCCAGCAAGCCGCCUCACCACAGCAGCAGCAGCAGCCAUCGCCUCUGCAGUCUCACGAUGGUCCACAAGCAGUCUCUCCGCAACCAACUCAAACCAACCAGCCUGCAGCCGCUAUGCAGAACGGCGCCUACCAAGACAAACCUGUGCCUCCACAGCCGUAUGCGCAGCCUGCAGAUUCAUCUUACAGACAGGAAGAGGCCGACGCCUAUCCAGUUGCGGCCCCUCACCCGCCGCCGCCAACUCAUACUGCUCCCGCCAUGUCGCCCAACCCAGUGAGUCCUCAGACCCCUCAGCCAUUCUCUUCGCCGCCUCAACGCAGAAUGUCGACUAAAAACUUUCUCGCCCGCACUUCUUCCCUCUCUCGUUCCAACUCGCCAAAACUUCAGUCGACCUCUUCUCGCCCUGCCCCGGUCGCGCCCCUCGGUAGCGGCAGCGGAGCUUCCAAUGCUACGGUAGCCGCACCCGCUGCCAGCAGUGCCGAUGAUGACGAUCCGAUCGCCAAAGCCCUCGCCAGCUUGCGUAUGCGUCCUGGUGGCAAGUCGCCCGGCCCGACACGCAGGGAAGACCUGGCAGCCGAAGCACCGCAGUCACCCGCUCCGUUUGCUCAACCCGGUCAGAUCGUACAGAACAUGCCUCCACAGCACCGUGCCCACUCUCCCUCGCCUUCCAUGGCGAGCAACCUGCCUCCCCGUGCAAAGUCGCCCGGCGCUGCUUUCAUGCAGGCUCCGGCCCGUGCCACUUCACCUAUGCCGGUCGAGGAUGUGGUUGGCCAGUAUGGACAGUCUUUCCCUGGCGAGCGCAAGUCGCUGUCUCGACAGAAUUCGGUCGCGUCUCGCGCUGGCGUGCAGGCUGCCGAAGCCCCCAGAAGUCCCAACAAGCAACACCACCAGGAACAGGGCUUUGCUGGCGUUGGAGCACGAGGUCGAAGCCCAAGUCCUCAGCCAUGGUCUAGACCUACCCAGCAACAGCAGCAGCUUCCACAACAACAAGCCGCUCAAUCACCGAGAGUGCCGGCUCCGUCGUCUGACCAGCCCAAGACCGGCACGCUCUCGAGGCGACAGUCGAAUGUACCGCCCGUGCGCAGCACGACACCUCUGGGUAUCGCUUUGGAUGCCACUGGCUCCGUGACGCACGAUCAGAUGGCUGUGGACUACAUGAGAAGAGCCGGCAGUGUUCCUCCCCAGCAGCAGCAGCCAGCGCGACCUCCUUCGGUCGUUCACGCCAACUAUCAGCAGCAGCAGCCGUCUCGCCACCAAGCGCAUCCGUCGGUAUCGAGUCAAUUCAGUACCGCGCCUCAAUUGCAAAGCCCGUACAAUUACCAGGGCGCACCACCUGCUGCAGACGCUCGCCAGCAGUACCAGGGCCAUGCAGCGCAGGCGUCCAUGUACUCGACCGCGGGCCAGUCCGUUCCGCAGAUGGCACCUGCAGCUACCCCUCAGCAGCAAGCCUACGGAGGAUACGCGCCAUCCGGCUACGCUCAGGGACACCAAGCUCCCGCUGCCAGUCAGAGCGUUCCCGCUCACAUGGCUCAGGGGUCGCAAUACGCAGGAUCCCCAGCUCCCAUGCAGAACGCCUAUCCAGCGGCCGCGGCGCAACAGGCCGCGCCUCCUGCAGCACAGCAAGUUGGAUCGAGCGGAUACUAUGCCGGCGCACCCCAGCAGCAGGCUGGACGCUACCCCGCGGGACAGGAUACGCCGGCAUCAGCAUACAUGCAGGAAUACUUGCAGCAACAGCAGCAGCAGCAGCCACAGGCGCAGCCACACGUCGCUCCUAACGGUGUAGGACAUGCGCAUCAACAGAGUACUGCGAGUGUAGCACCAUCGCACUACCAGCAGCCGCCUCAGCAAUGGGGCAACAGAGCUACGAGUCCCGCACCGAACGUUGCUCCUGCGCCUGCACCCGCGGCUGCAGCACCAGCGGUCUCGCCAGGUCAACCACAGGGUCACGCGCCUACGGGUCAGUACAGCGAUGCCGGUCAACCAAUCCUCUUCUACGUCAAAGCUCUUUAUGACUACCAGGCGACAAAUCCGGACGAAUUCAGCUUCACGACGGGCGACAUCAUCGCGGUCACGCAUACCGAGGCAGAUGGAUGGUGGCAGGGAGAGUUGUUGGACGAAGCUAGGAGGAAGCAGGGUGCCAAUACGUUCCCGAGUAACUUUGUUGCUUUGUUGAUGUAA